UCAUGUCCAAAAAGGGCAAGAAAGGUAAAAAAGGAGAAGACAAUGAUGAAUCCACAACCUAAAUCAUGAGAUUUUACAAUAGAAAGAUUUAGAGUCUUGGAGUGGCAUAAAAUAAAAUAUUUGUUUAAGCAGUUGCAUAAGCAUUAGAAAAUCAAGAACAUUUAACGACAGUAAUUAAUAAUACAAAAUUUUAGCUUCAUAUAAUUGAGGAAAUUGGACCUAAUGCAAUUAGAGGUAUUUUUGAAGCAUUAAUGGAUCUUAAGUAUAAAUUAAAUUCAAAUAUAGUUAUAAACAUUUGGCAAAUAUUUGGCUAAUAAAAGCGGGUUUAGGAUUAAAUAAUAAUGAAGGUGUUAAAUAUUUGGCAAAUUAUAUAUAAAAAGCUCAAAAUACUAAAGUCUUGGAUUUGACAGAAAAUGAAAUCACUCCAUAAGGUUGCACUUAUCUUGGUUAUGCUUUAUCUCCUGCUUUCAAGGUUCCUAUAUAGGAACUUAUUCUUGACUUUAAUUAUAUUGGUUGUGAAGGAAUGAAAGAAUUGAGUAAAGGAUUGGAGAUGAAUAGUAAAAUUAUAUUUUUUAUAAUUAUUUAGCCACAAUUAGAAAGCUUUCUCUAAAUUAUUGUAGAUUAGAUUUAGAAAGUGUUAAAUAUCUUUAGGAUAUUCUAUCCUUUUUAGAUUGUGAUUUAAGAUAUUUAUUUUUAGAGGGAAAUUAUUUAAGAAAUUAAGGGUAAAUAACUAAUUCAUAUUUAGUGUAUAUUAAUUGUUUAGAUCUUUAGAAACUAAUGAAUGGUUAGAAGAAUUAAAUAUUGCAAAUAAUUAAUUUGGGGAAUCUGAAGAUGUUCCACUUAUUGAAAAAAUAUGUGAAGUAUUAACCAAAAAUAGUUCUAUCUAAGUUUAUGAUUUUAGAGGAAAUGCCUUAUAUGAUGAUUGUAAUAAUAAUUGUUAUGUAAUAGCUGCAAAGAAAUUUCUUGAGUGUAUCAAAAUGUAUAAAACAGUUUGUAGAUUAGAAGUUCCUAUCGAAAUUUAAAAUGCUAUUCUUGAAGAAAUCAAAAAAGUUACAAAAAAAAGAAAAAGAAGAAAGAAUAAAAAGAAGAAAUCUAAAAAAAAGAAAAAAGCAAAAAAAUGA